AUGUUCUCUAUACAAGACUCCCUACCCACUCUUCCUGUCCCCCCUCUAGAUCACACCCUAAAUAAAUAUCUAAAGAGUAUUGUACCACUUGUUUCACCUGAUGAAUAUAAAUAUACAGAAAAGGUUGUGUCAGAGUUUCAAAAACAUCCUGGACCAAUUCUACAGAAAUUCCUGGAAGAAAGAGCUGCUGGUACCAAUAACUGGCUGUCAGAAUGGUGGAAACAUGUAGCCUAUUUGGAUUUCCGUGCUCCAGUCGUAGUCAACUCUAAUCCAGCUGUUAUUUUCCCUAAACAAAAUUAUCAGGGUACAGAAGGAAAAUUACGAUUUGCUGCGAGGCUGGUAGCUGGUGCUUUACAAUAUAAACAAGGAAUAGAUAAUCAGACAAUACCAGUAGAAACUCUAGGUGGUAAACCAUUGUGUAUGAGUCAAUAUUAUAAGAUAAUGUCAGCUUGUAGAAUACCAGGGCCUAAAAUAGAUACUCAUUAUUGUUUUACUCCCGGCUCUAUCAAUCCACCUCGACAUAUUAACGUUCUUCAUAAUAAUCAGAUAUUUUCGUUAGAUGUGUAUGGUAAGGAAGGUGAUGUAUUGAAUAUAGAUCAGAUCUAUGAGGGUUUAAUGUCUAUAGUGAACCAGUCACAGACCCCUGUACCACCAGUAGGAAUAUUCGGUGUACAGGACAGAAAGACUUGGUCUGAUGUUUAUAAUAAACUUCGUAAAGAUAAGAAGAACAAGUCUAACUUUGAGAAUAUAAACCGCAGUAUAUUUGUGUUGUGUUUAGAUGGUGCCAUGCCCCAGGGUAAGGAUGAGGGUGAAGAUAAAUCUAUCAGCUGUAAAGAGAUGUUAUAUGGAGGUGGUAGUCAGUAUUUCUCAGGAAAUCGCUGGUUUGAUAAAACACUUCAGUUUAUAGUAGGAGACGAUGGUAGAUGUGGAUUAAAUUAUGAACAUACGACAGCUGAAGGACCUGCUAUAGCGGCCAUCAUGGAUCAUGUCCUAGCUUUUAUAGAAAGAUAUGAUAAAAAAGACGAGGGAGCAGGGGAAGUAACACCACCAGUAAAACUAGAAUUUACCCUAACCAAUGAUAUAUUAGAUGAUAUUGAGAAGGCUAAAGAUGCUGCUGAUAGAUUUGCUGAUGAUUUAGAUAUUUGUACACUAACAUUUAAAGAUUAUGGUAAAAAUUUCCCGAAAUCUGUUAGAAUGAGCCCUGAUGCCUUUAUUCAGAUGGCGUUUCAACUGGCUUAUUAUAGAAUGUACAAUGAACCAUGUGCUACGUAUGAAACAGCGUCAUUAAGAAGAUUUCAGGAAGGUCGUUCAGACACUAUCAGAUCCUGUUCUAUUGAGUCGUAUAAUUUUACUCAAGCUAUGGAUGAUUCUAGUGUAGAUAACGAGAGGAAAGUAGAGUUGUUACGUAAAGCUGUACAGGCUCAUAGAGAUUAUACAGACCAGGCUAUCACUGGUAAAGUAAUAGAUCGUCAUCUACUAGGAUUAAAACUAGCUGCUAUAGAGAAAGGUUUAGAUGUUCCUAAACUUCAUAUGGAUAGUUCAUAUAACACUAGUACCUAUUUUAAACUCUCUACUAGUCAGGUUGGUGCUCGUUUUGAUGCUGUGAUGUGUUUUGGCCCGGUGGUACCUGAUGGUUACGGACUAUGUUAUAAUCCACAAGAAAAACAAUUAAACUUUUCAAUCUCAGCCUAUAAUAACUCACCUGAAACAUCUUCUAUUAAAUAUAAAAAUAUGUUAGAAAAAUCUCUUAAAGAUAUGCAAAAAAUCAUUCCCACUCCAGCUAAAUUAUAA